AUGGCUCCACAGACUGGUUCCACUGAAAAGGAGACGCGACCUGUUUCAGCCUUUCCACAGCUUUUCACUUGGGAAGAGAUCAGAAUCCACAAUGGCCAUGGCCAAGGUCGGGAGCAGUGGCUGGUGAUUGACAGGAAGGUUUACGAUGUCAGCAAGUUUUCCAAACACCACCCUGGAGGCAGCCGAGUUAUUAGCCACUAUGCUGGGCAGGAUGCUACGGAUGCCUUUGUAGCAUUUCACAAUGAUAAGUCCCUGGUGAAAAAAUACUUGAAAUGUCUGCUGAUUGGCGAGUUGGCACCAGAUCAACCCAGCUUUGAGUCUAAUAAAAAAAAAUCACUUUUAGAAGACUUCCGUGAGCUGCGCUGCACUAUUGAGAAAAUGGGACUUCUGAGGCCAAAUUACAUCUUUUUCCUCCUGAUUUUCCUUCACUUUCUGGUAUUGGAUGCUGCAUCCUGGCUCACGGUCUGGUACUUUGGGAUAUCCUUAGUGCCUUUCCUGGUUGGCAUUGCGUUCUUCACCGUUGCUCAGAUCCAGAUGGGCUGGUUCCAACAUGAUCUGGGACACUGCUCUGUCUUCAGGAAGCCUAAAUGGAAUCGAUUUCUGCAGAUUGUCGUGAUAAAUGUUCUGAAGGGGUUACCAGCCAGCUGGUGGAAUCAUCUGCACAACCAGCACCAUGCCAAACCCAACUGCUUCCGCAAAGACCCUGACCUCAACAUGCACCCUCUCCUGUUCAGCUUGGGAAAGACACUUUCCAUGGAGCUUGGAAAAAAGAAGAAGAAGUUCAUGCCUUACAAUUAUCAGCAUAAGUAUUUCAUCUUAUUGGCCCCACUUGCACUUAUACCGUUCUUCCAGCUGUCCAUAUUCUACUUUGCAAUCAAGAGGAAAAAGUGGUUGGAACUGUUAUUGAUUGUGUUUUUCAACAUCCGAGUCUGUCUCAUGUAUAUUCCUUUAAUGGGAUUUAACAAUUUCAUGGUGUACUACUGGCUGUCCAGGUACCUAGAGAGUACCUGGUUUAUUUGGGUGACGCAGAUGAAUCACAUUCCAAUGGAGAUUGAUUAUGAUAAGAACAAAGACUGGGUUUCUACUCAGCUCCAUGCAACAUGCAAUGUGAACCAAUCUUUGUUCAAUGACUGGUUCACCGGGCACUUGAACUUCCAAAUUGAGCACCACCUUUUCCCCACAAUGCCUCGACACAACUACUGGAAAGCAGCUCCUCUGGUGAAAGCCCUUUGUGAUAAGCAUGAUAUUGAGUAUAAAAGCAAGACUUUACCAACAGCCUUUGUAGAUAUUUUGCAUUCACUGAAGGAUUCUGGGGAGCACUGGCUUGAAGCAUAUCUGCAUGGAUAG